AUGGGUGAUCCUGCUGGAGCAAUAAUGGGUGGGCCUGUUGGAGGAAUGGGUGGUCCUGGUGGAGAAACGGGUGAUCCUGCCGGAGCAAUGGGUGAUCCUGCCAGAGCAAUGGGUGGGCCUCUUGGAGGGGCGAUCCUACUGGAUAAGCGGGUUACCCUUCCAGAGCAAUGGGCGAGCCUGUUAGAGGAAGGGGUGGUCCUACUGGAAAAAUGGAUGAUCCUGCUGGAGCAACGGGUAAGCCUGUUGGAGCAACGGGUGAUCCUGCUGAAGCAACAGGUGAUGCUGCAGCAUCAACGGGUGAUCUUGCUGCAGGUCAUGCAGGAACACACCUUGACUGAAAAGGAGGUGCCUCGCCUCACAAACCGCCGCCAGCAUAUGCGCCUUACGAACAGCAGCAGCAGCAAAAGCAGCAGAGAAGCACUGGCGAAGGCAGACGGACAAAACGACAGGGUUCCUGCUGAUUCAGACAGCAUGAUUGAGCUGUUAAGGCGUUUUGCUUGUUAA